UUUGACUGGGGAAGGAGACUAUCAGAGGAGGCUGCGGGGGGAAGGUUGGGACAGGUACAAACACUAAAGAACCAGCCUCCAACUUCACUAAAUCUGUGGAUUUUCUGAUUUUUUAGAAGAUCAUCAAACCACCGCAAAGAUUACAGUUUCCCACGUUUUUUUUUAAGUCCUAAAAUGAAAAUGUCCAGUAACCCUAUUAUUAUGGUUAUGGUGGUGCUUUGCAUCGGGACCGCUGUGAACUGCAUGCCGAAAGGGAAUGGGAGAAGCAGGCGGAAGGCUAAUCAGGGAGAAGACCAAAUACCUUCGGUAUCAUCGGUCUCUCAAGACGGCUGCAUUGAGAAUGGCCAGAUGUAUAACAUUAACGACCAAUGGGAGCGAUCAUAUCUGGGCACGAUGUUGAUCUGCACUUGUCACGGAGUUGCCGGAAUUAAGUGUAAAACGAAACCUGAAGCUGAGGAGACCUGCUAUGAUAAGAUCAACGCCAGGUCUUAUCUGGUUGGUGAGACUUAUGAGCGACCCAAAGAGGGCAUGAUCUGGGACUGUACAUGCAUUGGCUCUGGCCGGGGGAAAAUCAGCUGCACCAUUGCCAACCGCUGCCAUGAGGGGGGUCAGUCCUAUAAGAUUGGGGACACGUGGAGGAGACCCCAUGACACUGAGAGCUACAUGCUGGAGUGUGUCUGUCUGGGCAACGGCAAGGGAGAGUGGACCUGCAAACCUGUUGCGGAGCGUUGCUAUGACAACACGGCAGGGACGUCCUACGUGGUUGGUGAAACCUGGGAGAAGCCAUACCAGGGCUGGAUGAUCGUAGACUGCACCUGUCUAGGAGAGGGGAGUGGAAGGAUCACCUGUACAUCUAGAAACCGGUGUAACGACCAGGACACGUUGACGUCCCAUAGGAUCGGAGACACCUGGAGCAAGACGGACGCCCGAGGUCACACGCUGCAGUGUCUGUGUACGGGGAACGGCCGCGGGGAGUGGAAGUGUGAGAGACACGCGUCCCUCCACACCACCGGCCUGGGUAUCGGGUCCCGUGUGAUCACCAACAUCCAGCCGGCUGUGUACCAGCCCCAGCCCAGCCUGGAGCCUCGUCCCGGCCUAGCCCUGGAGGGGGCCUGCCAGACGGACGCCGGGGUGGCCUACGCCCUGGGGAUGAGAUGGAUCAAGACCCAGGGCAGCAAACAGAUGCUGUGUACCUGCCUGGGAAACGGGGUCAGCUGUGAGGAGUGGGAGGGCCCAGCCCCAGUGUACGGGGGGAACUCCAACGGUCAGCCCUGUGUGUUCCCCUUCACCUACAUGGGGAAGACCUACCACUCCUGUACCUCAGAGGGACGCCCUGACGGGCAGCUGUGGUGCUGCAUCUCCUCCGACUGCGAAACCGAACAGAAAUACUCCUUCUGCACAGAGAAAAAUGUGAUGGUGACAACGAGGGGAGGAAACUCUAACGGUGCUCUGUGUCAGUUCCCCUUCGUCUACAACGGGAGAAACUACACAGACUGUACCGCCGACGGGCGCAGGGACGGCAUGAAGUGGUGCAGCACCGCCACCAACUAUGACGGAGAACAGAGGUUCGGCUUCUGCCCCAUGGCUGCUCACGAGGAGGUGUGUACGACCAGCGAGGGCGUGAUGUACCGCGUGGGAGACCAGUGGGACAAACGCCACGACGUCCUGGGACACAUGAUGCGCUGCACCUGCGUUGGGAACGGCCGCGGAGAGUGGAGCUGUAUCGCAUACUCCCAGCUCAAAGAUCAGUGUAUUGUGGACGGGUUGACCCAUGAGGUGAACCGGACCUUCACCAAGCUCCAUGAAGAGGGCUACAUGAUGAACUGCACCUGCUUCGGACAGGGACGCGGGCGCUGGAAGUGUGACGCCAUUGACCAAUGCCAGGAGCCGGAGACCAGAGUCUUCUAUCAGAUCGGCCAAUCGUGGGACAAGCUUAUCCACGGCGUCAUGUACAAGUGUUAUUGCUAUGGCAACAGUAUUGGAGAGCUCAGCUGCGAGCCCCAACAGUCUUUCCCAGGUGGUAACCGUCCAGUCCAGGUGAUCAUCACAGAGUCUGGUAACCAGCCCAACUCCCACCCCAUCCAGUGGAACGCCCCGCCCUCCACACACAUCACACAGUACAUUCUCAAGUGGAGAGUGAAAAAUACCCGUACCCCGUGGCGGGAGGUGAAUAUCCCGGGCCACCUCAACUCCUACACUAUCGCUGGCCUGAAGCCAGGCAUCACCUACGAGGGUCAGCUGAUCAGUGUGUUGCGCUUCGGGCGCCGGGAGGUCACACGCUUCGACUUCACCACAACAUACGGCUCCUGUUAUGAGUCUGUUACAGAGAUCACCUCAGAGGGAGAGACCAGCCAGCCGCCUCCGGUGGUGGACAUCAGUGAGUCUGUUACAGAGAUCACCUCCAGCAGCUUCGUCAUCUCCUGGAUGUCUGCCUCUGACACCAUGUCUGGCUUCAGGAUCGAGUACGAGCUCAGCGAGGAGGGGCAGGAGAGAGGACAGCCCAUGAUCCUCGACCUUCCCCGCACCGCUACCUCCGUGAACAUCAAUGAUCUGCUUCCUGGGAGGAAGUACACUGUUAAUGUGUACGAGGUUACACCUGCUGGAGAGCCCAACCUCAUCCUCACUACCUCUCAGACCACGGCUCCUGACGCGCCCUCUGACCACGAGGUGGACGAGGUGGGAGAGACUUCCAUCACGGUCAGCUGGGAGAAACCCCUGGCUCCUAUCACAGGCUACCGUGUGAGCUACACGCCGUCCGUAGAGGGCAGAAACAACGGAGCUGCAACGGAGCUGACCCUGCCAGACACGGUGACCUCUGUGACCUUGAGUGACCUUCGACCCGGCCUGCUCUACAACAUCAGCAUCUACGCAGUAGAGGACAGUCUGGAGAGUGAGCCUGUCUUUGUACAGGUCAACACUGCUGGUGACCCACUGCCAGAGGAAGUCCCGUCUCCUACAGACCUGCAGUUCUUCGAGGUGUCUGACGUGAAGAUCACCAUCACCUGGACGGGGCCCCCAACUGACGUGUCCGGGUACAGAGUGACUGUGGCCCCCGUCGGCCCCGCCGGGACCCCUCGGACAGAGCUACAGCUCCCCAUCACACACAACGCCUACGCAGAGGUCACCCACCUGACCCCCGGAACCCCGUACCGCUUCAGCAUCUACACCGUCCAGGGAGGAGAGGAGAGCCAGCCACUGGUCGGAGAGCAGGCUACCAAGCCUGAUUCCCCUGCUGAUGUCCAUUUCACCAACGUAACUGAGGACAGUGCUCUGAUGGCGUGGGUGUCCCCCCGGGCCCGCAUCACCGGAUACCGUCUGUUCCUGACCCUGGAGGGCUCCAACCCUAAACUGCUGCGCCUGCCAGCCCGCCUGUCUCAGUACACCCUGCUCAACCUCCAACCAGACACAGAGUACACCGCUACUCUGCACGCUGAGCAGGACAAUACGCUCAGUGAGGGAGCUUCCAGAACCUUCUCCACCACUCAGCUAAUGGGCAACACCCCUCGCUUCAGUACUGAUGUCACAGACACCUCCAUCAUCAUCUCCUGGACCCCCGUGCCCCGAGUGGAAUACAAGCUGACGGUGAGGCCCAGUCAUGGAGGCGAGGCCCCCAGAGAUGUGACCUCUAACUCAGGCAGCAUCUACAUCUCAGGCCUGACCCCCGGGGUUGAGUACACCUACAGCGUUCAGCCAAUCGUCAACGGACAGGAGCAGGACAACCCAAUCACACGGCGCGUAGUCACACCCCUGUCUCCUCCUACUGACCUCAACCUGGAGUCCCACCCUGACACCGGAAAGCUGACUGUCCAGUGGAACGAAGCCUCCACCCCAGACCUCACCGGCUACAGAGUGACAGGCACCCCGACCAAUGGGCAGCAAGGAAACAGCCUGGAGGAGUUUGUGAAGGCGGGCGAGACCUCGUGCACUCUGGAGAACCUCAGCCCUGGCGUGGAGUACAACAUCAGCGUCUUCACCGUUAAAGACGACAUGGAGAGUGUUCCUGUCUCCACCACCGUUACUCAAGACGUGCCCCGGCUAACGGACCUCAACUUCGUCGACGUCACCGACACGACUAUCGGCCUGAAGUGGAACCCGCUGAACUAUACGGCGGUCACCGGCUACCGUAUCACGGUGACGGCGGCCGGGGAGAGCGUGCCCAUAUUCGAGGACAUGGUGGAGGCCACCACCGGGUAUUACACCGUGCACGGACUGGAGCCCGGCAUCGACUAUGACAUCUCAGUCAUCACCGUCACAGAGAGCGGAGAGAGCGAACCCACCACGCUCACACAGCAAACUGCUGUUCCUCCCCCUACUAACCUGGGUUUCCCUGAGGUGGGUCCUGACCGUAUGCAGGUGACCUGGACAGCUCCUGUGGUUCCUGACCCCGCUGACAUAAACAGCUUCGUGAUUCGCUACCACCCCAUCGAUGACGAGGAUGACAUCACAGAAAGCAGCGUCGGCGGGAACGACGACACCGUGGUUCUUAAGAACCUGAUUUCCAACACGGAGUACCUGGUGAGUGUGGUGUGCGUUUACGAAGAGAGGGAGAGCUCACCUCUGGUCGGCACCCACAAAACGACCCUGGACUCCCCCAGCGGUCUGCAGUUCUCAGAGGUCCUGACCAACUCCUUCACGGUGCACUGGCAGGCCCCCAACGCCAUCAUCACCGGCUACCGGAUCCGUUACCAGAUGACCAGCGGCGGGCGGGCCAAGGACGAGAGGCUGCCGCCAUCCAGGAACCACUUCACCCUGACCGGCCUGACCCCCGAGACGGAAUACAUCGUCAAUAUCUAUGCCGUCAGCGGCCAGCAGGACAGCAAGCCGCUCUCUGGAAAACAGAAAACCAUCUCUGACUCUCCUACUGACCUGGAGGUAGUGUCGUCCUCCCCCACCAGCAUCACAAUCCGCUGGGACGCCCCCUCUGUUACCGUGAGGUACUACAGGAUCACCCAUGGAGAGUCAGGUGGCCACAGCACCCCUAAAGAGUUCACUGUCCCUGGUUCCCAGUCUACCGCCACCAUCCAGAACCUGAGGCCUGGUACUGACUACACCAUCACAGUCUACGCUGUGACCGGCAGAGGGGACAGCCCAGCCUCCAGCACCCCCAUCUACGUCAUCCACAAGACAGACAUUGAGUCUCCGUCGGAAAUGGAGGUGACUGACGUUAAGGACAGCACCAUCACCGUGCGGUGGUCCCCGGCCCAGGGGCCCGUCAAGGGGUACAGGAUCACUGGGGUCCCCAGGAACGGACAGGGUCCCUCCUUCUCUGAGACCGUCGCUCCAGAUCAGACAGAGAUGACGUUCUCUGGCCUGCAGCCCACAGCAGAGUACAUCCUCAGCGUUUAUGCUCUGGGACAAGACGGAGAGAGCCCUCCCCUGGUGGAGACUGCUGUUACUGCGGUGGGCCGCCCCACAGACCUGACCUUCUCCAAUGUAGACUCCACCUCCAUGACCAUCUCCUGGGACUCGCCAGACGGCCGGGUGACGUCAUACCGUGUCCUGUACGCCAGCCCAGAGGAGGGCGAGAGGGAGCUGCGUCCCACACCCCGCGGAGACGACGAGUCCGCAACGAUCCACGGUCUCCGACCAGGAAGUGAAUACACGGUGAAGGUCAUCGCCAUGCACGACCGCACACCUAGUCCUCCACUGGUGGGCGUCCAGGCCACAGACAUCCCUACCCCUAACAACCUGGAGUUCUCCCAGGUCACCACCACCUCCUUCAACAUCAACUGGCGGACCACGUCCAACGCUCAUCUGACCGGAUACCGGGUGGUCGUCAACCCCAAGAACAAGAGCGGCCCCACCAAGGAGAUUAACGUUGGCCCAGGCAAAACACAGGUCCACGUGCCUGGACUCAUGGUUGCUACUACGUAUGAGGUGCACAUUUACGCCCUGAAGAACUCUCUGACGAGCCGCCCAGUUCAAGGAGAGGUCACAACACUGGACAACAUCAGUCCGCCACGUCGUGUGCGUAUCUCAGACGUUAAGGAUUCCUCCGUCACUCUGACCUGGCGCUCCAAGACCGAGACCAUCUCUGGCUUCCUAGUUGAGGCCACGCCCACCACAGGAGGCCGGACCCCCAUCCAGAGAACCAUCGCCCCUGAAUCCCGCACCUACACUAUCCAAGGUCUGCAGCCCGGUACAACUUACAAGAUCAACAUCUACACUCUGAAUGGCAGUGGUCGCAGUACCCCCUUCACCCUCACUGCCACCACUGCUAAGCCGGUUGUGUCUCCCCCCACCAACAUCCGUUUCACCUCCCUGACCCCCAGCAGCAUCUCCUUCACCUGGGAGGGGUCCCGUAGUGCCGGGGUCACAGGGUAUUACGUCACCUACGAGGAGGCAGGGGGCAUCCCCAGGGAACUCACCCCACGGCCCACCGGUUACCAGAGCCAAGCAGUCAUCACUGGUCUGAUGCCAGGAACUGAUUACAUCAUCAAGAUCGUCACCCUGCAGAAUGCUCUGAGGAGCACCCCUCUAGUGGGCAAGGCUAGAACACCGCAGGAGGCCCAGACACACACCACCAUCUCAUGGCAGGGUGUUCCCCAGAGCUCAGAGUACCUGGUGUCCUGCGACCCCAUCACCAACCUCGACGAGAAGAUGUUCCAGAUGCGGUUGCCUGGCACCUCCACCGGUGCCACCCUGAUCGGCCUGACAUCUGGGGCCUCCUAUAACGUCAUCGUGGAGGCCAUGAGAGGGCAGGGCAGGGAGAAGGUCCUGGAGGAGAUUGUCACAGCUGGCAAUGCUGUUCCAGGAGACAACCUCCCCUCCAACAGAGAUGUGUGUUAUGACACGUUCACAGCCACCUACCAUGAUGUGGGUGCAGAGUGGGAGCGUAUGUCAGAGACGGGCUUUAAGCUGUGGUGCAGGUGUCUGGGGCUGGGCAGUGGCCAUUUCAGAUGUGAUUCAUCCAAGUGGUGUCAUGACAGCGGUAACAACUACCGUAUCGGAGAGAAGUGGGACAGCCGAGCUGAGAACGGUCCCAUGAUGAGUUGUACCUGCCUGGGCAACGGAAAGGGAGAGUUCAAGUGCGAGCCACAUGAGUCGACGUGUUAUGACGAUGGGAGUACGUACCAGGUGGGGAACCAGUGGCAGAAGGAAUACCUGGGAGCCAUCUGUACCUGCACCUGCUACGGAGGACAACAGGGCUGGCGCUGUGAGAACUGCAGAAGACCAGGAGCUCGGACUGAGGUGGAUGUGGCUCUGCUACAGCCUCAAAUACACCAAGACGCAUUCGACCGCUACAGGGAGAACGCCCUGAAAAAACUGAACAUCCAGUGUCCCAUCGAGUGUCUGAGACCAGAGCUCCUGAGACCAGAGCUCCUGAGACCAGAGCUCGUAGCGGACGCCCAGCAACCCUCAGAGUAAAGAAGGGUAGAAAGAUGGGAAGGUGAAACCACUCCUGGAGAACCCUUCUCCAGACACUUUACUCACAUACGCUGUGCCUUCCUAUCCUGAAUGCCAGUCUGUUUAUGCCAUCAUUGUCACGCCAGACAUGUUUUUUUUGUUUUGUUUUUUUUGACUCGUUUUGUUUUGUCUUGACAAUGAAUGACGGCAAUGGAGAUGCCAAAAGCACAAACAGAUCUGGGACCAGGCUAGUGCUGUCCUGUUCUUCACUAACUAAUACUUGGCUCAGACAGACUGUUUGGUUUUGUUUGACCACCAAUCCUGUUGCUUCUCCACGUCGCCACGCCUUUUUCUAGAGCAUCUCUUCAAAAGACCCCCCAAGGCAAAGAAAGGCUCGUUCUUUAUAUUUUAGUGUUUGGAUCCUGUUGUCCUACCAAGUCCUUCGAGACGCCGAACAUCUGCAUAGAGAUUCUACUAAAGGCGUCCAGUAUGCCACUUCCUGUUCCUCCUGAAGCCUAACUCUGUUUCUGAUCCUCCUGAAGCAGAGCUUUCUAUCUCCGACGAGACGUUUUACCUCAGAGAGACGUUCUGAAGUUUACAAUGUAAAAAACUGUUGACUACAUCGUCAGUUGCCUGGAAUGGGGAAUAUUUCCAAGCCCAUCCCAAAGGGCUUUCUACUCCCUGUAGUGUGCAUUACUUUUUUUUUGUUGUUGCCAGAACUGGAAAUAAGUAGUGCACUAUUAAAGGGCAUAGGGGCAGUGUUUGGGACGCAGACAGGUCUCACCUUGGGACCCUUCCCACUGGGCACAGACGUCAGUUCAACGUCUAUUUUUGAUUUACAUUUGGUUGAGUUGUCAACUAAUGUGAAGGGGAAGAAAAGAAAUAUGUCGUCAUUCGAUUUAAGUAAAAAGUUAGGUAAAAAAAAAAAGACAAUUCGCUUACGUUAAUGACUUUUUGCCAAUCCAGUCAGUUUUCAAAUGUUGAUUCAACGCCAUCACAUUGAAUUCUUUGGUUGAAAUGACGUGGAAACAACGUUGAUUCAACACGUUUUUGCCAAGUGGGUUGCGUCCUCUCUAAGUGAUAUUGUGACUAGCUAGUUUUUCUGUUCUUGUUGUUCUGAAAACAUUCCCUAUUAAAAAACCAAGCACUGUAUCAGAGGUACACUGCGAGCAGGUGUUCAUUCUUUGUCCAGAAUUGUAUCUGUUGUUGUUUGUCUACUUCCGCCAUUUUGUAGACGGUUGGAUGGAAGCUCUAAGAUGGCUGUCAGUUGAGAUGCAUUCUUUCACACCUCAACUGCUGUGUUUUGUCAUUGUUUUUUUUAAUUUAUCCCUUUUAUCCAAGCAUGUUGUUUUAAUGCUAUUUGGGGUACACGUUUUGUUUUGUUUCUUUUUUUAUAUUGUAGGUGCCAAAGUCUUAACUACUGUGGACUGAAUUCCUUUUUAAUAAACUUUUACAAAGAAA